UGUGGGCAGAGGAGGGAAGGGUUAACGAGGUGGGGUGAAAGUGGCAAGUAAGCGAUUCGGUGUUUGUAAAAUAAAAUUUGUAAUGUGUAAUUGUAUGCUUCAUGAGAAAAGACAUUUAUCAAGAAACGGUGAUAUAUAUUUAUAUAUAUUCUUUUUCAUUUCGAAAGUAACAAGGGUAUAAUUCAUUCUAGUCUGUCAGCAUGGAUUCAAUAGUGGAUCUCUAUGACGAUUUUAUACUCUAUAUUACACCUGAGAAAUUUUACAUUGAAGCUAUCAGUGGAGGGAAUGACGUGCUCGUUAUCGAUAGAGUGAACCAUGAAUUAUCACUUCAAGCUAAUCAUGGACAAAUUCCGCAAGCAUCAAGCAGUAAACCUGUGUGUGGCAUUAUUGGCACAGUGAGGUUGUUAGCGGGCCCAUAUCUUGUGGUGGCUACUAAAAAACGAAAAGUAGGCUCAAUCAAUGGCCAAGCAAUUUGGCAGAUUAUUGAAACUGAAGUAAUUUCAUACACCCGCACCCUACUGCAUUUGACGGAAAAACAGAUUUCUCAAAACAAAGUUUAUGUUUCAAUGGUAGAGCAAGUCCUAUGUACACCAUAUUUAUAUUUCUCAUAUUCAUAUGACCUUACUCACACGCUUCAAAGAUUGCAUAAUACUACGCCUGAAUUCCUUCAGUGUUCCAUAAAUGGAAAUGCCUUCACUUGGACUAUUGUAUCCCGGCGUUGUUGUUUUCGAGCAGGGACACGUCUUUUUACAAGAGGAGUUGAUUUACAAGGAAAUGUGGCGAACUUUGUAGAAACUGAACAAAUUUUUGAAUACAAUGGAGACAAGUGCUCUUUCGUUCAGACUCGAGGAUCUAUACCAUUAUUUUGGAAUCAACUCCCAAACCUCCGAUACAAACCGAAGCCUCGAGUAAAUGUAAAUGAGAAUCAUACUGAAGCAUUUUCAAGACAUUUUGAUACUCAGAUUUUCAACUAUGGAAAACAAGUAAUAAUUAAUUUGAUUGAUCACCGAGGAGCAGAAGAUGUAUUAGAAAAAGCAUAUCAUGAUAUGGUGAACAGAUUAGGAAAUACUAAUAUCAGGUAUGAAUCGUUUGAUUUUCAUGCUGAAUGCAGACAUAUGCAUUGGGAGAGGCUCAGUAUUUUAACUGAUAGAUUAGCUCAUGAACAAGAUGAAUUUGGUUAUUUCCUUAUCACACGUGAUGGAACAUUAGUAUCUCAACAAGAUGGCAUUUUUAGAACUAAUUGUAUUGACUGCUUGGAUCGUACUAAUGUUGUUCAAAGUAUGCUCGCAAGACGAAGCUUAAGUCAUGUUAUGGAAAAAUUAGGUAUUUUGAGGCCUGGUCAACGCUUAGAAGAUCAAUUGGGGUUUGAAAUGUUAUUCAAGCAAGUGUGGGCAGAUAAUGCUGAUGUGCUGAGUAUUGAAUAUUCUGGUACUGGAGCAUUAAAAACAGACUUCACUCGGACUGGGAAACGUACCAAAUGGGGUGUUCUUCGUGAUGGAAUUAAUUCGCUUACACGAUACUACAAAAAUAAUUUCAUGGAUGGAUUCCGUCAGGAUUCUAUUGACCUGUUUUUAGGACAUUAUAUUAUAGAAGAUGGUGAAGGAGUAACUAAACAAUGUCCUUUGGAUGUUGAAAAAGGAUGGAAGUAUAUCACGUUUCCCUUGGUUCUUUUGGUGGCUAUUGCUAUGUUUUUUGCCAACGUUGUUACACCUUCAGAAUACACCACAGAGAGCCUUUUGUAUCUUCUUUUUUGGGGUUCUAUGGUUGCUGUAACAUUUGGUACAAUUAUGAUAUACGGUACAGAGUUUGUUGACUAUCCCAAACUCUGUGAAAUAAGAGUCAGCCCACGGCCGAAUAAUGAAGAAAACUUCGGGUAGACGUUCUAAAUUUAUUCUUUUAAUAGCAAUAUAUUGAGUGAAAGGUAUUAAUUUACAAUUAUUGUCUACAGAGUGCAAUCUUUGUUGACAUUCCUGUAAACUAUGUAUGUUAAUGUUUUCAUUAGGAUUUACUUUGUAAAGUUGCAAAUUAUGUAUGUAUAAAAAUAUAUACAAAUGUUAUUAUUGAGUUAAAGAUGUAAAUUAUGUAUAUACAUUAAAAUUAUGUUACUAGCGAUA